AGUCAAAAUAAGUCAAAGAGAUUCGUAAAAACCUAAAGCCGUUAAACCCUAGUAACCCAAAAACCUCCACCGAAACAAUCGCACAGAGCACCAGAAGAGGGAACCAGCCAAACGAAUCGGAAUGGUGAAGUCGUACCUCCGGUAUGAGCCGGCGGCGGCGUUCGGAGUGAUUGCGUCAGUGGAGUCUAACAUCGCAUACGACACCUCCGGUAAAUAUCUACUAGCUCCGGCACUCGAAAAGGUCGGCGUUUGGCAUGUCCGUCAAGGCGUCUGCUCCAAAACUCUUACCCCGUCUACGGAAUCACGCGGGCCUUCUCUCGCCGUUACCUCAAUUGCGGCCGUUCCUUCUUCACCUCUGGUAGCUAGUGGGCAUGCCGAUGGAAGUAUAAGAAUUUGGAAUUGUGAGAAGGGAAGCUGUGAGACCACGUUGAAUGGGCACAAAGGGGCUACGACAGUCCUUAGGUUUAACAAGACAGGAUCAUUACUUGUAUCUGGAAGCAAGGACAAUGACAUUGUUUUAUGGGAUGUUAUUGGUGAAGUCGGACUUUUCCGUCUCCGUGGUCACCGUGAUCAGGUUACUGAUCUUGCCUUCUUGGAUUCUGGUAAAAAACUUGUUAGUGCCUCCAAAGACAAGUUUUUAAGGGUUUGGGAUCUUGAUACCCAACAUUGUACUCAAAUAAUUGGUGGCCAUCACAGUGAAGUUUGGUCCAUAGAUGUUGAUCCUGAGCAGAACUAUCUGGUCACUGGAUCAGCUGAUUCAGAGCUCCGAUUUUACACUAUUAAGCAUGAAAUUGUAGAUGGUCAAUCUGUAUCAAAAACUAGUAAAACUAAUGCUGAGACUAAAGACUCCAGUGCUGAAAGUAAAUGGGAAGUUUUGAAACCUUUUGGUGAAGUUCAACGGCAGAGCAAAGAUCGUGUUGCAACAGUCAGAUUUAACAAGUCCGGUAACCUUCUUGCCUGUCAAGUUGCAGGGAAGACGGUGGAGAUAUAUCGUGUACUGGAUGACGCUGAAUCGAAGCGUAAAGCAAAAAGGAGAAUUAGUCGUAAGAAGGAGAAGAAAUCUUCUAAAAUAGUUGAUGCCACUGACAUUGGAAAUGCAGAUCAUGAAAUGAAAGAUGAAGGAAACCUACCCAUGGUUACAGUCACUGAUGUAUUUAAGCUUUUGCAGACUGUACGAGCUAACAAGAAGAUCUGCUCUAUCUCAUUCUCCCCCAUCACUUCCAAGAAUUCACUAGCUACAUUAGCAUUAUCAUUGAACAAUAAUUUGGUGGAGAUUUAUUCAAUAGAGAGCAGUUCAACUACAAAAACCAGUGCUAUUGAGCUUCAAGGUCAUCGUUCUGAUGUAAGAAGUGUUACACUUAGCUCAGACAGCACACUUCUUAUGUCAACCAGUCACAAUUCUGUGAAGAUCUGGAACCCAAGUACUGGUUCUUGUCUUCGCACUAUUGAUUCAGGAUAUGGAUUGUGUAGUUUGUUUGUUCCCGGUAACAAGUAUGCCCUCAUUGGUACAAAAGAAGGGAAUCUUGAAAUUAUUGAUGUGCGGAGUGGUACUUCUGUUGAAGUAGUGAAAGCUCAUACUGGCUCUGUGCAAUCAAUCGUCCCCACACCAGAUGGUGGUGGCUUUGUCACUGGGAGUACGGAUCAUGAUGUUAAGUUUUGGGAGUAUGAAACCACUAAAAAUCCUGGUCAGGAUUCGGUGCAGCUAACAGUGUCUAAUAUGCGGAACUUAUCAAUGAACGACGAUGUUAUAGUGGUUGCUGUAAGCCCUGACGGGAAGCAUAUUGCAGCCGCUCUAUUGGAUUGUACUGUCAAGGUUUUCUACAUGGACACUCUUAAAUUUUUCCUUACAUUGUAUGGUCACAAGCUGCCGGUAUUGUGUAUGGAUAUGUCAUCUGAUGGGGAUCUUGUUGUGACUGGAUCUGCGGAUAAAAACUUGAAAAUUUGGGGUUUGGACUUCGGUGACUGUCACAAGUCUAUAUUUGCUCAUGCUGAUAGUGUUACAGCAGUGAAAUUUGUUCGUAACACCCACUACAUGUUCAGUGUUGGGAAAGAUCGUCUGGUAAAAUACUGGGAUGCUGAUAAAUUUGAGUUGCUCCUAACUCUAGAAGGCCAUCAUGCUGAAGUUUGGUGUGUCUCUAUCAGUCAUCGUGGUGAUUUUCUUGUGACAGGGUCUCAUGAUAGAUCAAUUAGACGUUGGGACCGUACGGAGGAACCGUUUUUUCUUGAGGAAGAGAAAGAGAAGAGAUUGGAAGAGAUGUUUGAGGCUGACCUUGACAACACGUUAGAAAACAGAUAUCUGCCUCAACAAGAACUUCCAGAGGAGGGUGCUGUAGCUGUAGCAGGAAAGAAGACUCAAGAAACUCUCUCAGCCAGUGACUCAAUUAUUGAAGCACUAGACAUUGCAGGGGAAGAACUGAAACGAUUGGCUGAACAUGAGGAGGAAACGAGAAGGGGAAAGGGUGCAGAGUUUCGGCCCAAUAUUAUUAUGCUUGGGCUCUCUCUGUCUGAUUAUAUUCUUCGUGCAGUCUCAAAAGUUCAUACCAAUGACCUAGAGCAGACAUUACUUGCUCUACCCUUCUCAGACGCAUUGAAGCUCUUAUCAUACUUAAAAGAUUGGUCCUUGAAUCCAGAUAAGGUUGAGCUGGUUUGCAGGAUAGCCACAGUGUUGUUGCAACUGCAUCAUAAUCAGCUAGUUGCUACCACAAGUACCAGGCCUCUUUUGGCUCUUCUCAGAAACAUACUUCAUGCUAGAGUUAAGGAAUGCAAGGAUACUCUUGGAUUCAAUCUGGCAGCCAUGGAUCAUGUCAAGCAAUUGAUGGCUUCAAAAUCUGAUGCACCCUUCCGAGAUGCAAAGAACAAAUUACUAGAAAUACGGUCCCAACAGUCAAAACGUGUUGAAGCAAGGGCAGACACAAAGGGCGAAAGGAGGAAGAAGAAAAAGCAAAAGCAAAAGGACGAUGGACACGUGUGGUCUUGAUUUGCAGCCAUGGACUCACGAUCAAAUGGUCAAUCUUCAUGAUCAAUGCCAACAUUCGUCUUCAUCUUAGUCGUGGCACGUAAGCGUGACACAAAUGUGUAAAUUUUUAUUCAAUUAUAUUCAUAAUUUUGGUGAUAUUAUUGGAUUACAGAAUAUUAUUAUGUUGCUCCAAAUUUUGUAGUUGGAGAUGAGGUCUUGAUG